AUGUCUAAGAAAAUAGAACAAAAAAGUAAUGGUAAAAUCAGAGUGAUGAGUAAAAACCUAGAGAAGAAUACACCAACCUCAAGCUUACCAAAGAAUAAAAAGUCAAAGCUUGAAAGUUCGACUGAUUCAAAAUUACCCGUUUUCUGCCAUGCAAGAAAGACUCAUAACUGCUGUGUUGAUCAACCAGGUCCUGGAUUAAAGAAGCAUCUCUCAACACUUGGAAGAAAAUCUGUCUCUCUUGUCGAUCUAACACCAAACACUCAGAAAAUUAAAGUCAAAUCAAGAAGGAAAAAUGAGAUUGACACAAAUCUGCAAGUGGAAUCACAACUGCAAAUUUCAUUCUUAACCAAUAAGGAGUCGGAGUUGGCAAAAACUGUUUGCAAGAUGUUCAUUCUGAAUGCUUGGAGGCAUCGUAUCAAGCAAACAUCUUCUCUUCAAACCCUACUAACGAGGCUGAGAAAUGAAGUGGACAAUCUGAAAAUCCAAAAGUCUGUUUUAUAUGAAUUGUUUGCUAAAGGACAUGAUAGACUUCAAAUCUCUAGAAGAGAAGUGAAUCAUCUGAAAUCUUGCCUUCAGAACGGACGGAAAGAAAAUGUUCGGUUGCAAAAUGAAAAUAACAAUCUGAAAACUGAGAAAAUAAUAUGGCAAAACAAAGAGGAGGAAAUGAUAUGCAAAAUGAAAACUAUGAAGGAUGAGUUGAUUUUGACAUCAGAGCAAAACAAGUAUCUUAGGAGAGAUUGUGACGAUUUGGCGAAAACUCUUUCAGAAUGCAAGCAAGAUAACAUAGAACUCCAAGACCGUCUAAGUAAUGUUUCAGUUUGUCUCGAAGAAAAGGAGAAAAGUUUGAAAGAGAUUCAAAUUGAAAAUUCAAAUUUAAUCUCCAAAACAUCACAGUUAGAAAAGACAAAUGAUAAACUUAUGGAAGAAAUCAAAAAUAAAGAAAUGAAGAUUGAUAAUCUGAAAAAGACAAAAGCGAAUUUGAACGUAUUGCUGAAAGUUUUUCAGAUCAUAUGCACCGUUCAGAACGAAAGCAUUUUAAACUUAAAGCGGAAUUUAUCUGAACAGAGGAAACAUCUGAAGAAACAGACUAAAUCCUUUGAAAACUUGAGGAAUAUGGUUGAAAAGUCUGAAGCUGAAAAGGAAGAGCACAUUAAAAACUGUACACUAGAGAGAAACAGAGUGACCUUUGAAGCAAUUAAAAAUUCAUCAGUAUAUUUAUCUUUUAACAACCCUAAUCCUGAGAAACAAAUUAAUCCGUUCUUUUUGUGA